UCGCCUUGGCUUUCGGAACUGUGGUCUUCCCCGUGCGCGUGUCGGUCCGAAUCAGGAGGUGUGGAGAGGUGGUGGACACCAGAAGCAUGACCCAAGAGAUUUCGCUUCCUCCCAAAAUACCCAAUUAGUCUGCUCCAGUCGCUCCGGCCGUGAGCAUGCUUUUCUGAGUGCCCCUCCGCAGUGCCGAGCUGCGUCGCAAGUCUCAAGUGGAUAACAGGUUUUUCCUCUUCUCAAGUGCUUCUGUGCUCCCCACAAAGAAGUGUGGAAGAAUAGCUCGUUGUACAUUUUGGAUAGAGAGACAAAUAUUCCGCAUUUCAACCACAAGCACAGCCAUUUAGAGACACUCGUGAAAUUCGCACUGGAGAUCGCUAUGAACUCACUGUGGUGCUUUGCUAUCUUCCUCACUGCCGCCACAUCAAGUUCAUCUGGCCAGGAAGUGCCCAGCACGCCGUGUCCCUCCACAUUUCGCUACCAGUUCGAUGGCGGCUCCGGCGAGUGGAUCGGCAUCGGCAGAAUCGCCAACCCGCCCGUCGGCGAGGACAUCAUGCUGUUCGUCACGCUGUCCGUGGGCACGCAGCUCACGUCCUCCUACGUGGGCGAGGUGAAGAUCCUGGGCCAGCCCAGCGAGAUCGCCAAUCGGAUAUACAGCAACCAGCCGCUGAACUUCGAGGUGCGCUUCCCCAUCCAGAAUCCCUUGCCCGAGGUGUCCUCGAUCACGGUGAACGAGAAUGUGAUCUGCCGAGCGGAAUACACCACACAGUACGAGUUCACGACGAAGAUCCGACUGCAGUACACCUUCAAGCCACAAGGAGGACCGGUGCACCUGAGCCAGACUCGUCCCAGCUACAGCCAAAACCAACAGCCCAACUACAACCAAAACCAGGCGGGCAUCAAUGCGGGCCUAGAUCUCGGCGGUCUAGACUUCGGAUUGGGCAGUCAGCUGCCCUUCUCAGACGUCUCGCUGGGUCCUUUCCAGCUUGGCGGAGACAAUUCCCAAUUCUCCUCACCGGAAGUGCAGCAGCCGCCGCAGCAGCAACACCAUCACCAUCAACAGGCGCCGCAGCCGAUUCCUCAGCCACAGCCAAGACCCACACGACCGACACAGCCUCCACAGAGGCCACGACCUCAAAACACACCGUCGUCCAUUGAUAACAAAGACAGUGGCAGUUCUUCGGUCGUGUGCGGGAAACCAGAUCCUCUGGCCACGUUCACGCCGCUCAUUGUGGGCGGAACGGCGCUCCAGCGAGGAACCUGGCCCUGGCUCGUGGCUGUGCACGUGUACAAGGAGCACACGCUGGCCUUCCAGUGCGGUGCCACGCUGAUUUCCCAAAAAGUGGUCAUUGGAGCGGCGCACUGCUUCGCCGACCGCAAUGGCCAGAAGCUGAAGACGGAGAACGUCGUCCUCAUCCUCGGGCAGUACAAUCUCAAGAGGCCCCAGGAAGAAGGCUCGCAAAUCGUCUAUCCGGAGAGCAUCAACAACCAUCCGCAGUACAUGAGCGCCCACAAGAUCGACUCGGACAUCUCGGUGGUGGUGAUCGCGCGCCAGGUGGAGUUCACGCAGUUCAUCCGGCCCGUGUGCCUGUGGAGCGGGCCACAGACGCAGGACGCGAUCGUGGGGCGCGUGGGCGUGGUGGUGGGCUGGGGCCGCGACGAGCACGGCAACGUGAACACGCCGGAGCCCAAGAAGGCCGAGGUGCCCGUGGUGUCGGACGCCACGUGCCUGCGCAGCAACGAGGCCUUCUCCAAGAUCACCACGGACCGCACCUUCUGCGGCGGCUGGCGGAACGGCUCCGAGGGCCCGUGCAACGGCGACUCCGGCGGAGGGCUGAUCUUCGAUGUGAACGGGCGCUGGACGCUGCGCGGCAUCGUGUCGGCCUCCCUCUCGGACAUGCUCACCAGCUCGUGCAAUCUCAAGGAAUACGUGGUGUUCACGGAUGUGGCCAAAUACUCAGAUUGGAUCAGAGACAAGAUGAUCACAUCACUCAAACGCCUUCGCGUGCAAGUGGACAUUUUCCUUGUGGUGAUUUGUGCGCUUCCCGUGGUCAGGACUCAAGGCAGCUCACCCUGUCCGAAUCUCUUCCAGUAUCAGCACAACGGAUACGAGGCUGAGGGCGCCCUGGAGGUGCCCGCGCCGCCCAUCGGCACCAAACUCGAGCUCCACGUCUUCCUCACCGUUCCUGUGCAGUUGCCAUCGAGUUAUGUGGGUGCUUUGGAGCUGCGUGACGCGCAAGAAGUGGCUUUGGAUCGCCUGAAGAAGAGCCUCCCGGUGCGAUAUCGCGUCAAGUUUCCAAUCUCAAAUCCCGUUCCGCGCCUCGUGUCGAUCACAUACAAUGGCAACGUGAUCUGCCAAGGAGAUCGCUCAAGAUUCCCCAACAGAGGCUCUUACGUUACCAACAUUCGCCUGGAUCACACGCUCACGACGAGGCUCACGAACGAGCCUUACGAUGACUAUCCAGCCCGACCCGGCGGCGGUGGCUCUUAUCCUCAGCAGGACAACUACUACAAUGACUACCAGAACUACUCGAAUCCGUUCUUCGGCCAGAACGACGCCUACAAUCCCUACGGCGGCAACAAUUUCAUCCCUCAGCAGAGUCAGACUUCCACACAAGCGCCCUACUAUCCGCCCUACCAGGAGCCCCACACGCAGGCUCCACCGCCGCCGCCGCCGACGCAGCGACCAUCGAGGCCGUCAAAUCCAUUCCUGCCCGCCGCGAAUCCCGCCCACACGCCCGUCAACCGCUAUGGAGACGACGGCGUCGGCGUAUGCGGCAAGAUUGAGAGCCGCUUCACCAUCACGCCCCUGAUAUUCGGCGGCGAGGAGUUCCCCAAAGGCUCCUGGCCGUGGCUCGUGGCCAUUCACGUGUACAAAGGCGCCCAAUUCUCCUUCGUCUGCGGCGGCACUCUCGUGUCGCACAACGUGAUCGUGAGCGCGGCUCAUUGCUUCAUGGAUGGCCGCGGCACAAACUACGAGGCGGCCGAUGUGAUUGUCUUCGUGGGGAAGCACGAUCUGAGGAGACUCAAAGAAGACGGAGCCACAAUUUCCGAGGUGCAGGACCUGAAUAUCCACCCGGAGUUCCUGAGCGAUCCGCGAGGCUCCUUCGACGCCGACAUCGCCGUGCUGGUGCUGAAGGAGAGCGUGGAGUACAGCGCCUACAUCCGGCCCGUGUGCCUCUGGAGUCUGCCCACGGGCGAGGAGCACUUCGUGGGGAAGACGGGCGUGGUGGUGGGCUGGGGACGCGACGAGAAGGGCAACCUCGUGACGUACCUGCCCAAGAGGACGCAAAUCCCGCUUGUGUCCACGCAGGAGUGCAUCAACUCACGCGACGAUUUCGCCACACUCACGUCGGCGCGCACCAUUUGCGGCGGCUGGCGGGACGGUGUGAAUGGGCCGUGCACGGGAGACUCGGGCGGCGGCCUGAUCAUGUACGAGAACGGCCGAUGGCAGUUGCGCGGCGUGAUCUCGAUUGCCAUCAAGCAUCCCGUGACGGGCGUGUGUGAUCUGCGCGAGUACGUGGUGUUCACGGACGCGGCCAAGUUCACGAGCUGGAUCCGCUCCUUCAUGACGCGGUAGCCAAAGCUGGGAGUAACUCUCGA